GCCACGACAGUAGUGGCGAAUCAUGUGGAGUUCACACUAGACUGUGUUGCCGGUAGAUUACGACCGUUUUGUACGAUUCAACAUGUUGCCACUUCACGUAGAUGACAAACAGUUCCGACCUGGUUGGAAACUAAAAGAAUCUAUCCUGGGAUGGCUUCGGUUGAUAUUCUCUGAGAAGACGUCUCGUCGAUUGUUUGGAUUCCUGGUACUUAAUCUGUCCUUUGCAUUUGUGGAACUUUUUUAUGGAGUAUGGACAAACAGCCUUGGUCUCAUCUCGGACUCAUUCCACAUGUUUUUUGACUGCACAGCUCUUUUGGCUGGUCUCAUUGCAUCGGUAAUCUCACGAUGGCGCUCAACAGAGGCAUUCUCAUAUGGAUAUGUGCGGGCUGAGGUGAUGGCUGGCUUUGUGAAUGGCCUCUUCCUCCUCUUCAUUGCUUUCUUCAUCAUGUCCGAGGCUGUAGAGCGUGCUGUGGAGCCACCCGAAGUGAAGCAUGAGAGACUGUUCGUUGUAUCUGUACUUGGGUUUUUAGUCAACUUAGUUGGUAUAUUUGCCUUCCAACACGGACACUCUCAUGGAGGAGGAGGUCACGGUCACUCGCACUCGAUUGGUGGUCACGGACACAGUCAUGGCCUGGGUUUGCAAGAGAAGGAGGAGGAUCAUGGUCACAGUCACAAAGGUCAUGGUCACAGUCAUGAAGGUCAUGGCCACAGUCACGAAAGUCAUGGCCACAGUCAUGACGACCAUGGCCAUAGCCAUGGGGAUAAAGGUGAUGAAGGACAUGGCCACAACCAUGCAGGAACCAAGCCUCAAUCUUCCCAAAGUCAGAUCAUGGAGGGUGUGUUUUUGCAUAUAUUAGCUGACACAUUAGGCAGUGUUGGAGUUAUAAUCUCGUCUGCGUUGAUACACUUCUUCGGCUGGAUGGUAGCAGACCCUAUUUGUUCCAUGUUCAUCGCUAUCCUCAUUGGAAUCAGUGUGUUGCCUCUACUCCGAGAUUCAAUAGGUGUUUUAAUGCAGCGCACACCACGGCAAUUGGACCAUGUUCUGCCAGGCUGCUAUAACAGGGUGAGUCAGCUGGAGGGGGUGUACAGUCUACAGGAGCCUCACUUCUGGACCCUCUGCACCGACGUCUAUAUUGGCACCGUCAAACUGGAGGUUGCUACAAAUGCUGAUGCCAAAUAUAUCCUAAGUCAGACGCACAAUAUAUUUACACAGAUUGGUGUGCGGCAAUUAUAUGUACAGAUUGACUAUGCUCCAAUGUGAAGAGACAGACCAGUUAUACUGGACCAAUGAAGGGAAGCUUCUUCAAGAGGAUGGUGCUAGUUACCACACAGCUAAUCUGACUCAAAUAUUAUUUGGCAAGCCUCUGCUGGCUAACAGCUUUGGUGUUGUAUAAUUAUCAGUGAAGCUGUUUGCCAUGUCAUAUUUUGGGGCUGCUUCUGUUUGCUUGUGAGCAUGACUUGUGAGACUGAGUGUGAGUGUGUGGUUUCGUGUACGUGUCUAAUGUGUCGACCAUGUAGGUUCGAGCAUCUGUGGCGUACUGUCGCGUAACAUGAAUGUUCUCUGAUCUAUUUGUUUUUAAUGCACAUGAACAGUCAUUCUCUUUUUGUUUUUAUUUCUGUUGGCUAUUAAUUGUUUUAGAUUCCUAAAAGUGUAUUGAGCCAAAACAUAUUUUGUCUCUCAUUGUCAUCAGUCAAAAGUAGUGGCCCUGUUCAGUGAUGACGCCUCAAGCAAUAUUCACUCACUCACUCACUCACCUGCUCUCGUUUACCUCUUGACACUAGCCCCAGAUGUAUUGGAACUUUUGUUAAUAAAUUGAUUGAGAGGAACAAACUUUUUCAGAUUAUUUGCAUACAAAUUCAUUAAAUAUGUUAAUUGCAUACAUAUUAAAUUCAGAAUGAGAUGGUUGUCGUAAGAGGCGACUAACGGGAUCGGGUGGUCAGGCUUGCUGACCUGGUUGAUGCAUGUCAUUGUAUCCCAAUUGCGUGGAUUAAUGCUCAUGAUGUCAAUCACUGGAUUGUCUUGUCCAGACUCGAUUAUUAAUAUUUACAGACUGCCGUCAUAUGGCUGGAAUAUUGCUGAGUGUGGCGUUAAACAACAAACAAACAAACAAACAAACAAAACAAACAGUGAGAUGGUAUUCUUUCUUUUAACUGUAAUCAUGUAUAUUCUAUCAAAUUUCUCUGUUCUCAUUCAGGGAAGGAAAGCUGUGGUUUAUGAUUGUAUUGUGGCUGUGAUUGAGUGAAAUAUUGCUUAGCUCUGUAUUCAUAGCACUUCAUCAUGUUCAUGGUGAUUACAUCGUUAAGACAUUAAAAUAUUGCAAUUUGGCAAUGAUUAAGACAGGAAUUGUCUGUUGUGUGUGAUAAGAUUGAAGAAUGAAUAUGUGGGACUUACCAUAUUUCAUCAAUUAAACGUCUGGCCUCGAUUGUACGUUGGGUAAGUUUUAUGUAUGGAAUGCUCCCCAUUAUUAUCUUUGCAACUGUCCAGCCCCAGAUACAGUAAGAGUGUCUGAAAGAAAUAUAGGCCCGGGCGUUUAAUGGAGGAAAUAUGGUAUACAGAAACCCUACUGCUUCUAGUAGUGUCAGCUAUUAUGACCAGCUUUCUCUAAGGCCAAUGAUGUACAUAUUUUGCAGACUCAGCUACGCCGGGAUGAUGAUUAUGAGUGUGAAUUGUGUGGGUAUAAUUUCAUCAUUCCGAGUGACAUAUUUAAUGUGCUUCCAUACAAGCACCUCAUCCAGUGAAAACUCAUGGUAAUGAACUCAUUACUUGUUGAAUCAUUGUAGGUUCCUGUUGUAAAAUGUUCAGUUAGCUUUGAUAAAUAUAGCCCAAGAUUAUGUGUCAUGAAAUUUGGAAAAUAUGAAAUUGAUAUAUUCUAAUAAAUGUUCUUUUGUCAGGCUGUUGCAAAAGAAAGUCAAUCAAGGUAUGACAAAGUCUGUAUAGAGGAAAUAUCUUGAUUUAAGUCCGCUGGCCAUCUGUUUGAUAUGAACAGUAUUAACUUAGAGAUGUCAAGAUGGGACCAUGCCUGAUCAUCAGGAAAUAUGUAUAUGAUAGGCCUGUCAUAUUUUUCUUAACAAUAAAUGUUUAAUGCACAUAAAAUCAGUGGUUAGGGAUGGUGCAAUUUGUUGGAUGACUUGGAAAUAUUUGUAUAGAGGUUUCUACACAUGGAAACAAUCAGUGAUGUUAGGAUUGAAAAUUUGGUAAACAAAAUGAUAUUAUCGCUAAAUCAAGUGAGUGAAUGUUGUUUUACGCAGUAGUAGGGUUGGGUUGGGUGGGUCUUGAGUAGGACCCGGGUACCCACAGGACUACCCGGUCCCGUGGUUAGUCACAUGAUAUAUUGUUUAAUGACGAAAACUUAUUGUAGCUCAGUGGUUACACUACAAGUCACUAAUGUUCACAUUUCUUUCUGAUGAUGCAGACAAUCCUUUUGACUUGUAAAUGUUUGAGUAAAGAUAAAGCUUCAGUAAACAUCAGUGAACGCGUGAUCUGAUUGUUUGAUACAUGUAUCUAAAUAGUUUUAGCCAGGGCUGCGGUAAAACUAUUACCAAUCAGAUGUUUUGUUCUCUACUCAUGAGACUUGCAGUGGGUACCCGGGUAGGGUCGGGAAAUAGAGGGGUCAGGUACCCGGGUAGUAAAUUUGGACUUGUCCCAGCCCUACACAGCGGUACAGCUACAUCAUGACAGCCUGUAGUUUUGUCAACCAGACAAAAAAAUACCAGUUGGGGUUCAGGGUUAGUAUAGGUCCCUUGCUUUCUAUGCUAGUGGCAAAGGCGACCAAGCGGAUGGGGUGGUCAGGCUCGGUGACCUGGUUGAUAGCAUUUGUUCGUACCCUGACGGUAUUGAUCGCUGCUCACAAUAUCGAUCACUGAACUUUCUGUUCAGGCUUGAUUUUUUGCAGGCCGCCAUCACAUAGCUGGAAUAUUGCUGAGUGUGGCGUUAAAUAACAAACAUGCUCAAAGAGCCACUCAAACCUGUGGUUGAUAGCACGAGCAAUGAUCUAUGCUGUCAGGUCAAGAUGACCACUAUCAUCCAGGCCACCCUGUAAACCCAAGAUCCCCUGGACGGUCAACUCCUAUGACAAGCUAUGGGAACGUGAAUCUGCCCUUAAGUCAUGCCUCGAUUAUCCAGCAAUUCAUUCUGUGAUUCAACUACAUAAUGGAAUGGAGGUAUAAUAAUAAGCUGGAUAAUGGGGGUUGCCGGAAUUCCCACAAGGACUUUGCAAGAGUGUUGAUGAUGAUAGAUUCCCGCAUGGAACAGCUGACUGGUCAGAUCUGAGUGAAAUAUACAUGACAUGUUUGAUGUACUUAACACUUGUUAUCCAAGCCCCACCAGUGAUCAUUGUCACCCAUCAUGCAUUGCCAAAUACCAAAUAGGAUGUAUUUUGCAUCUUGCGCCCAAAUAAUAUUGUGAGGAUGUUUUUUGAAAACAUGUUAGUUAUAGGAAGAUAGAAGGAAUGUCAUGGAAGGAGCUAUUUUAUCAGUCCCUUUAGGAUUCAAGAAUAAAGUUCCAUUUCUUUUUCCCCUUUUAUUUAAACAAAUACAUGUAAAGUUGGUGGCAGUGGAAAAUUAUGUAAGUGUGAUCAUUGUACUGGCAGUAAUAGAUAUGUUGCUUGUAGAUCGCAUAGAUAGCUUGUUUGCUAGCGGUUCAGGUUGGUGGUUUGUAUUCUAUAUUGCACAGUAGGUUGCAGUAAGUUGCAGUAGGUUGCAGUUUUUAUACUUACCAGCACUUAGUAACAUACAAUGCAAUUUUUUUAAAUGAGUAUAUUUCUUCGAAUACCCUACCUCUAUUACACCAUAGCCUUAAAUUCCUGUGUAGGCCGGAAAUCACACGAUAAAAUCUUAUCAAUGUUCAUCUGAUGGCCUAUUCACUGCCAACAUAUCUAAUAGUUUUGAGGAAAACCCUAUCCUUUGCAGGAAGUGCAACUGCACAUGCACAAGGUGGGAAAGCAUCACUUCUUUCCUGUGUGUGUCAACACUAGAAUUAAGAUAACAACUACAACAUGAGCUAUUUGUGUUCUGGCAGGAAGUAGUUCUAACAGUCAUCCAAGUCUGAAGAAGAUGAGGCCAAUAGCAGUGUUUUAUGUGUAUGUUUUGUUUUGCGAAUCAUGUUUUGGAUUUAGAUAGGGUCACAUGAUAUUACUAAGUAUUGUCAGAUUGGUUUAACCCUUGCCAGUAGACUUCAUGAACCAAGUAAGGAGAGAAAUAAGAGUUUCUCAGUGACUAGUAACAAUGACAAAUCCCUCAAGGACACAACAAUAUAUAUUCUUUUUUUCCCCUAAAGAUUUAGUUGUGAGUUUUCUGAUCGUAGUCAAGAAAUACUGUAAGGUAAUGAAGCUCCACCCUGCCAAACAGUUGCAGGUGGGAGACACAAUCAACACUACUGAAGCUCAGGAGAAAGUAACAAUAUGUAAACUGAGUAAUAUGUAAUCAUUGGUUUCAGUUCAUGAGAUAUUACCAUGUAGCUUGAGAUUAAUGUAGUUUUUUAAACUCUGAUGCAGUUGUUGAAAGAAAGGAAUUUGUCAUUGUUAUGAAAAUGGGAGUGAAAUAUUGUUCUCCCCAUUAUUAGCUUGUAACGAGAUUUGAAGAACUAAUAAUCAACUUGUGGCUUGAAGUAUAUUACUGAAUGUGUAGUUAGAUGUGUCAUCUUAUUAACCUGGAAGCAAGGUGUUUAAUGUGCAAAAUAUGUACAAUGAUUAAAUAGUGCAAUAUUACUGCUGCCAUUCAUUGGAUAAUGACCAGAACAGGCAGAGUAUCACAGACCACUAACAUGCAUGCUUUGGUAUUAGAUGUCAUAGGUUGACAAUAGUUACACUGUGGUAUCUUGUCCAUUUGUCAUGGACCCUGUGCAGAUAUAGAUUGCUGCCUUAGUUGUAGAGCAAAAGGUUUCUAAACUGAGCAAAAAAAGUUAGGGAUCAUGAAUAUUUUUUUAGAUAUUUUCAUUAAAUUGUGUGCAGUUUUCACUACAAAAAGAUUGCCCAGUGAUAUUCAUGAUCCCUAAGUUUUUUGUUCAGUGUUUGUCACUAGUCACGAUGUGGAGAUGAAACAAUCAAUCAGCAAAGUGCUUUUGUGUGUCUCCGAGAUGAGAAUAUUUACUGAAGAUUCUUACCAUGCACAUACAGUAUACAUAUAUAGUGUUCUGAAAGGUUCUUUGCAACAAGAUCAUUGCUUUUAUUAUGUUUGUAUUUAAUGACAGUAUUCUCUAAGCUGGUCGAUUCAUUCAAAAAGGAAAAUUUGAUAAAAGUUAAAACACAUUUAUCAUUUCAACUCUUCAUCCUAACUUCCAUAAAUUUAACAUUUUGAUGUCAUCGCUAAACUCUUAACAUUGUUACUAUUUUAGCAACACAUUUGUAUUAUGAAAGAAAUGUAUGGUUAACUGUAAUUCCGCUUGUCCUACUGAAAUAAUUUUUUUAUUGAACAUUUCAACUCCAUAUAAUAUUUUCAUUUUGAUUUUGGCGACAAUAUCCUGCGUUUCCUCAAACAUUUUUCAACAAUAGAUAUCUAAUUUGUUGGAAAAAGGUCUGAAACAUUUUACAAUAUUUCACUGAUUUGUGUACGUUGAUACAAUGAUAUGCCAUCGGCCAAAACAUCGGUGUGCAAAUAAGACCAGUAACUUGUGCAGUUUAUGCUGCUAGAAAUCUGUUGAACUUACAAUUAUUGUUUUGUACAUGAUAUUUACAUUUCAGUUGAAAACUAGUCUCUCUUUUUUUAGUUUUGUAAUAUAAUGUAUAAUAGUAUAUUGGUUAUGUUGUACAUUUUAAUUUUAUGUUUCAAUAUUGUUAUUGUUGUUAUGUAGAACUAUGUUUAUGCACAGUAAGAUACAUUGGCUUAAGAAAAAUGCUCUUGCCAAGUUAUUUCUGUCACAAACUCUUAACAAAUCUGUCCUAUAGUCCUGUUGCACACUAUAAAGAAGACCAUUGUGUUAGCCAUAAAUAUUGCAAAGAUAUUUUCUUCAACAUAUUUUUGUACCUAUAUCAAGAGGUUAUUUUAAGGAAUUAACCUAAAGUCAGGCCUAUUGACAUUUAUUUAUUAUUUUGACUAUAUUGACCUACAAAAUCAAGAGAGACAAAAACAAUUCUAUUUAAGACUGUUGGAUGUUCAUUGAAAGGCCUGGAUUGAAGCUCACAGUAUUGCUCAACAUCAGUUGUAAGGGAAAUACUACACUGAUCAAACUAUCAGUGUCACCUGCAUUGCAUUUCAGUGUUACGUUUUUAGCAUAUCGAAUACUCAUUUCAAAUGUUGGAUGGUAAUGUGACAUGUACAAGGACAAUGUGAGAGCGGGCAUUCGUAAUACUCACAAGUGACUUUCCAAAUUAUUUCUUUUUCCAACAAAUUAACAGAUUAACUAAAAACUAUAGAAAUGUAAAGAGAUUCUAGUAUUGGCUGGGUGGUCAGAUGACAUCUUCCGUUGACGACAUUUAGGGUCAGAAUUUGUUCUGAAUUAUGAGUUUUGAGUUAUCCUGUGGUAAUUGUUACCGGAGACUAUCUUCCAUACACCUGAUCGUCAUAUUGUUGUGAGAGUAUUUAUGCCGUUGUAUGCUGUUUUUGGUGAAGGACUUGUUUUGUGAGGAGUGAAUGAAAUGAUGAUGAAAGUACAUACAUGCAUGAAUACCUGAACUGGGGAAAGGAAUAAAAUCUUUUGAAGAA